CAGAAACAUAAGCAAUGAAAUUCUAUGAAAGGUGAAAAAACAAAUCAAUACACACUACAAUUAUGAAUUUCUGUCUGAUGCUUGAGGGACUACAACAAAACAAAAUAGAAAUUGGUUUGAAUGAGAAUUAAAGUGGGAAUGCAUUACAAGUUCAUGAUCUAAUCUUCAACAUAGAGUAACCAAGUUACAAACAUCAGAUAAUCACAGAGGCAAGUUUUGCAAGAAUGGAGGUAACUAAACUACCACUUGUGUUCCAGGACAUACCAAAAAGAACAGAGAGAUUUGAUAAAGAAUAUGCAUAUAGUACACGACAUAACUACGGAAAGAAGGGAAGAGAACGUGUGGAUGGUGGAAGACCAAGUAGUGCAAGUAUCUUUGUUGGUGGCUUUGUCUUGGGUGGAAUUGUUGUUGGAGCACUAGGUUGUAUAUAUGCACCCCAGAUCAGCAAGGCACUGGCAGGAGCAGACAGGAAAGAUUUGAUGAGAAAGCUGCCAAAAUUCAUAUAUGAUGAAGAGAAAGCCUUGGAGAGAACACGCAAAAUCUUGACUGAGAAGAUCGCGCAGCUGAACUCUGCCAUAGAUGAUGUCUCUUCGCAGCUCCAUGCUGAUGAUACCCCAAAUGGAACUGCUGUAAGCCCGGAUGAACUUGAGGCUUCCAUAUGACAACUGUUCAAAAGA